CGCGGCCGGGCCAGUCCCCUGACCCCAUUUUAACCUGAGCCCUGGCGUGGGGCGGGGAGGGGGAGAGUGCUAGCGCUCAAGGCCGAGGGCUUAAUGCGGGCUGAGGAGCAGGUCCGACCCAGUACCGAGGAGCCGGUGUGGUCCCGGAUAGCCCCUGGGAGAACCAGGUGCUGUCAUUAGCCCCAACCUAGGGAAGAGUUGCUGCAGCUGGAUGGUCAUGGGGGAGCCCAGGAGAGAGGAGUAUAAAAUCCAGUCUUUUGAUGCAGAGACCCAGCAGCUGCUGAAGACAGCCCUCAAAGAUCCAGGUGCCGUGGACUUGGAGAAAGUGGCCAAUGUGAUUGUGGACCAUUCUCUGCAGGACUGUGUAUUCAGCAAGGAAGCAGGACGCAUGUGCUACGCCAUCAUUCAGGCAGAGAGCAAGCAAGCAGGCCAGAGUGUCUUCCGCCGUGGACUCCUCAACCGGCUGCAGCAGGAGUACCAGGCUCGGGAGCAGCUUCGAGCCCGCUCCCUGCAGGGCUGGGUCUGCUACGUCACCUUUAUCUGCAACAUCUUUGACUACCUGAGGGUGAACAACAUGCCCAUGAUGGCCCUGGUGAACCCCGUCUACGACUGCCUCUUCCGGCUGGCCCAGCCCGACAGUCUGAGCAAGGAGGAGGAGGCCUCAGCUCCCUGGCCCAGCUGCUGCUGCUGGAGAUCAUCGAGUUCCGGGCAGCUGGCUGGAAGACGACCCCGGCUGCGCACAAGUAUUACUACAGCGAGGUCUCUGACUAGGCCUCCAAAUCAGGCCUCCUCCCCAGCAGCACUGGCCUUUCUUCUACCCACCUCGCAACCUGGCAGUGGAGUCUUUGCCUCUCCCAGACUUUUUCCCUUCCAGACUUUCAAAAGCACCCGAGAUGUUUCCCACUUACGCGGUGGUCCCGCCCUGAGCACCUUCGCUCCGAUUCCAGGAUUGGGGAAGACACCAAGCACACCUGCCCCACAGUCCCAUCAGCGUUUCGCUCCCCUCACCUUCAACCUGGGCCAGGCAAAGAAGGGCAACUCCUGACAAGCACUGCACUAUGUAACCUCUGGUACAAUAGCUAUCUUGGUGCCUCAGUUUCCCCAUCUGUAAAAUGAGUACCCAGAGCCAUUGGUAGGGUGCUUUGGGAUAUCAAAGGGGAGAAGCAGAGUCACACCACAAACUGCUUUUUAUACAUUUUGUACAAGGACCACUUUGGAACCGAGCACGUUUCCUCCAGUUGGUUUUAAUGAAUGGCAAUACCACAUCACAUGCUACACCAGCUCAGGAUGAGAAUUUUCUAAUAAACUUUUUCUGAUACUAAAA